AUGGCCGACCAAGCUACCAUUCAGAACGAGCAGCGGCAGCCUUCUGCUGCCCCCGCACCAGCUGCCGCCGACGGCGCUGAGGAGCUCAACCCCGAUGGAACGCCUCUUUCGGACAACCAAAAGAAGAAGCGAGCUGCCAAGGCAGAGAAGGAGCGAAUCAAGGCAGAGAAGGCUACCAAGCUCGCCGCCGAAAAGGCCGCUCGUGAGGCUGCCGAUCUCGACUUUGCCUCCCAGAACUACGGCAAGCUUCCUCUCAACAUGUCCCAGGAGCGCUCCGGUCGCAAGUAUACCAAGAUCUCCGAAAUCAGCCCAGAACGUGACGGUGAGCAGAUUCUCCUCACUGCUCGUGUCCAGACCAGUCGUGCUCCUUCCGCCAAGCUUGUCUUCUUGACCUUCCGACAGGGUGUCGACUGUGUGCAAGCUACUUUGGCUCAGGCCCCUGAGAAGGUCUCUCGUCAAAUGACCAAGUGGGCUGCUGGUCUUGCUGCUGAGACCAUCGUCCUCGUCCAAGGUACCAUCGUCAAGACUCCCAAGCCAGUCGAGUCCAACACUGUCACUGUCAAGGAAGCUGAAAUCAAGAUCUCCAAGAUCCACUCUACCAGCGAGAUCGCCUUCGAGCAGCUUCCUUUCGGUGUCGAUGACGCUACUCGAUCUGAAGUUGAGAUCCAGGCUUCGCAGCAGACCGACCGUCCUCUUCCACCGAUCGCACUCGACACCCGUCUCGACAACCGUGUUCUCGAUUUGCGAACCACCACCAACCAGGCCAUCUUCCGUCUCACCCACGGUGUGUGCAAACUCUUCCGCGAAUACCUCGACAACCUCGACUUUGUUGAGAUUCACACUCCCAAGUUGCAGGGUGCUGCUACCGAGUCCGGCUCUUCUGUCUUUAAGGUUUCUUAUUUCAAGGGUCAAGCUUUCCUUGCUCAAUCUCCUCAGUUGGCUAAGCAGAUGGCUAUUGCUGCCGACUUUGGUCGCGUUUACGAGAUUGGGCCUGUCUUCAGGGCGGAAGACUCCAACACCCACCGUCACAUGACCGAAUUCACCGGUCUCGAUCUGGAAAUGUCCUUCGACGAGCACUAUCACGAAGUCGUCGACAUUCUCGACGGUCUCUUCACUUUCAUCUUCCGCGAACUGCCCAAGCGAUACCGCAAAGAGAUCGACGCAGUCAAGCGUCAGUACCCCUGCGAAGAGUUCCUUCUUCCCGAAAAAACCGUUCGUUUGCAAUACAAGGAUGCCAUCGCUCUCUUGCGCGAGGCGGGCAAAGAGAUUGACGACACUGAAGAUCUCUCCACCGAGAUGGAGCGAUUCUUGGGUGGCUUGGUAAGGGAAAAGUACAAGACUGAUUUCUACAUGCUCGACAAGUUCCCUCUCGAGAUUCGACCGUUCUAUACCAUGCCUGACCCUGCGGACCCCAAAUACUCGAACUCGUAUGACUUCUUCAUGCGCGGUCAGGAAAUUUUGUCCGGCGCUCAGCGUGUUCACGAUGCAGCCUUCUUGGAGAAAAGGAUGGCAGAGUUCGGUAUUCCCGUGGAGAGCAUGAAGCACUAUGUGGAGGCGUUCAGGUUGGGAUGCCCUCCUCACGCUGGUGGUGGUAUUGGACUGGAGAGAGUGGUGAUGUUCUACUUGGGAUUGGGUAACAUUAGGAGGGCGAGCAUGUUCCCUCGUGAUCCUAAGCGCCUUGACCCCUAA